ACACUUUGAAACUUGUCAAACAAAUUGUAAACAAAGUAGUUAUUCUUUUUAUACAAAAUGGAUUAUGAUUUUAAAAUAAAAACGCAGACGGAACGUACAAAAGUUGAAGAUUUAUUUAAUUAUGAGGGAUGUAAAGUAGGUCGUGGCACAUAUGGACAUGUUUAUAAAGCUAAACGGAAAGAAGGCAGUGAUCGGGAAUAUGCCCUAAAACAAAUAGAAGGUACCGGUUUAUCAAUGUCAGCUUGUCGAGAAAUAGCACUUUUGCGAGAACUUAAGCACCCAAAUGUUAUUAACUUAAUAAGGGUAUUUCUAUCCCACAACGAUCGAAAAGUAUUUUUAUUAUUUGAUUAUGCUGAACAUGAUUUGUGGCAUAUAAUUAAAUUUCACAGAGCAGCCAAAGCAGCAAAAAAACAAGUUGUUGUUCCUAAAGCGAUGGUUAAAAGUUUGCUUUAUCAAAUAUUAGACGGAAUACAUUAUCUACAUUCUAAUUGGGUUCUUCAUAGGGAUUUGAAACCGGCUAAUAUAUUAGUUAUGGGAGAUGGAAAUGAAAGAGGACGUGUUAAAAUAGCAGAUAUGGGGUUUGCUCGUUUGUUUAAUGCUCCUUUAAAACCUCUAGCCGAUUUGGAUCCAGUUGUAGUAACAUUUUGGUAUAGAGCUCCAGAGCUGCUACUAGGAGCUCGACAUUACACAAAAGCGAUCGAUAUAUGGGCUAUUGGGUGCAUAUUUGCAGAAUUACUUACAUCCGAACCUAUUUUUCAUUGUAGGCAAGAAGAUAUUAAAACCAGUAAUCCAUACCAUCACGACCAACUGGAUAGAAUUUUUAAUGUAAUGGGAUUUCCACAAGAUAAAGACUGGGAAGAUAUUAAGAAAAUGCCAGAGCACCAUACACUAACAAAAGACUUUAAAAGAGCUAACUAUUCCAAUUGUUCUUUAGCUAAAUACAUGGAACGUUUUAAAAUCAAACCUGACAGUAAAGCUUUUCAUUUACUACAAAAAUUGUUAUUAAUGGACCCAAACAAACGAAUUACUUCAGAACAAGCAAUGCAAGAUUCUUAUUUUCAAGAAGAUCCAUUACCAACUGCAGAUGUUUUCGCUGGUUGUCCAAUUCCCUAUCCUAAGAGAGAAUUUUUAACUGAUGAUGAUAACGAGGAUAAAUCUGAAAAUAAACAAAGACAACAACAACAGCAUCAACAACAGCAACAACAACAGCAGCAACAACAACAACAGCAACAACAACAGCAGCAACAACAGCAACAGCAGCAGCAGCAACAACAACCACAACAACAACAAACACAGCAGCAAGGGAUUCAACAACAAAAUCAAACAUCGAAUCACGGUGAACCUAGCAGUAAAAGAGUUCGUUUAUCUGGCCCUUCACAUCAACAACAAACCAUAAGCCAAAAUCAAGAUUUUCAACAGCAGCAAAUGCUUUAUAAUAAUACUCAGGCGAAUAAUUUUCAACAGCGUUUUUAAUAAGAAAAAUAUUAAAUAUAACUUUUAAAACAGUAUAAAAAAAUUUAAUAAGAUUUAAUAAAUAAUAAAUACCUAAUGUUUAUUUAACUCACUUUUUUUCUGAAAAGUUAAAUAUGUAUAAUUAAUGUAAGUUAAAAGCAUGUUCAAUAUCUAGCAAUGUAAACCGUGAAGGAAAUAUUAAGUCCACAUUUGAAUUUGCAAUUAUAUUAUUUAAUUGAGAGCAGUUUUACCAUGAAAAUUUGUCUUGAAUGAUUAAAUUAAAUUUCGAAAAAUAUUCAAAUUUUUCACCAUUUCAACCAAAAAAAAUUGUGAAACGCGAAAA